AUGCCUGCAGCAAGGCCGACGCGGGGGAGAACUCGCUCUAAGAGUGCAGCACUGCGCGGCGUACGCCCCAGGCUGAUUCACUGCGAGGCGGAGGCCGGCAGGGAGAGCCCCGCGACCGCGGCGCACCCAGGAGGUGACACUCCUGGACUAGAGGCGUUGAUGGCAGCCACCCCUCGGCCUGGCUGGCAGGCCUCCCUGCGCGGCCUCCGGGCGGAGACGCGCCACUCUCUGGCGAGGAUGUGGGCCCAUAAGCGCUUCGGGCUACUCAUGCUCGGCCUCUGGGCCCUGAUGCUGCUGUGCUACUUUCUGAGCCCUGGGUUCUCAAACUCUACGUCCCCAAACGAGUAUGUUCUGUGGAUCAAUAAGAAUGCCGAUGGACAGUCUCCGGGAAAUGAAUCUGUGAUGGAAACUCUGUUAAGCUUUUUUUCUCCAACAACAUGCAUUCCAAAAGAGAAUCAGGUGGUAGAGGCUUGUAAUGGACAGAAGGAUCUUAACGCGAGCGAAUGUUUGAAGUACAAAUGCUGUUAUUCCGAGACCAGUGACUUUGGCUGUUUUGUCCCAUUAAGAGAUAAGCCUACACAGAUGUUCCGGAUGUUUCUGGUUGGUGUGAGCAGCGUGAUCAUCCUGGGAUUUGUGCCCGUUUGUUGCUGCUCUUUUUGCCGGAGGAGCAAAUGGGCCAAUCCUUUCCAAAGGAAAGUCAACAGAAUUUUAAAGGGUUUGAAGAAGCAAAGAAACAAACCGAAGAUGGAUACUGAAUUGUUAGAGGCAGUAACGGAAGAUGUGGAAGGACAGAGUGAUGAAAGGGAGGAAGAGUCUGGAGGUAAUUGA